CGUGCCAUCAUACCUGAUUUAGAAUCGGCAUUAAAAACACCUGAAAGCAUGCAUUGACCAUGGGGAAGCUUUGGUGAUGAUAAUGCAGGGGACAGCAGAGUGGUGUCAGAGGUCAUCAAAGCUGAGGUAGCAUUCCAAACAAGCCUUAUGAGAGAAAUACAUUCCUGGUCAGUGCUCUGCGAUGGAAGAGUUUCAGACCAAUGACUCUUUUCAGCAUGAACUUGAAGAUUUCAUUAGAAAGCAGAAAGCCAGAGGAUUACAUCCAAAUGUCUGCUUCAGAAAGAUGGCAGAGGAUUCUGUUUACCAAAAGAGAGACAGUGUCAGCCCUGGAGCUCCAGUGCUGGGGUUACCAUUCUGGUUCAGAAACUAUUCCAGAUAUUCUCCUUACAAAAGUCUGACAGUGGAAAACCAGAUACCUUACUACAGACAAAGACUGGAAUCUCUAAAACAUUGUCUGAAAAACCAGCCAGUCAGUCAGGACAGAAAGGAGAGAACAAGGUGCCAGGAGGAAGAAGCCAGCACUCAGGAGCCAGGGAUGCCCAAGGGGAAACUCUACAGAGUGAGAGGUUCAUGCAGAGAAGAUAGCCUCGGCAGAAGGAAGGUCUCAGCAGAGCCAGGAGAUACAGAGAGGUCUAAGCACAGAAAGGAGAACCACCAUAAUGGGAGACAUUCCACUAAAGGCAGACACAGGUCCCACCAUAAGAAGAAGGAACCGGAGGAAAGGGAUUUGUGGGAUGAAGCUAUCCUGGGCAGUCGCUACUGAUGUUUGUGCACUUUGGGUCCCAAAAGUCAAUGUGUUGAUUCUCUUGGUAAGGGUGGAUUAAAUGACCUCAAAGCAGUUAGCUACCAGGUGGCUGCCGUGGUCCGUUUGCUCUACUGGUG